AUGCUGAUUGUCAAGGACCUCAGAGCCCUCGACAAGACCUGGAAAGCAGCGAAACCGGGCGGCACGUUCCGAGCCCGGCCUGGAGUCGUGGUCAUGAAGUUCGGCGAGCAGCUGCGAUCGAGCGUCAUACGCGAGUAUCAAUGGUACUACAUUGACUACAACGGCCUCAAGGCCGAGCUUAAGAAUGCCACCGGCCCCCCCAAGGAAGGCGACCAUGGCGGCAACGAGUGGACCGAGGAGGACGAGACGCGCUUCGUCGGCAAGCUCGAGGCCGAGCUCGAAAAGGUGCACACGAAGCAGCAGGUCAAGGCCAUGGAGAUCUCCCGCCGUAUCGCCGUGAGCGAGCGCGAGGUCAAGGACGUCGUCAAUCGCCUCAACGAGCGCGGCCUCAGCGAGGAAGGGCCCAGCGAGGAGGAGUUUAUGUUGCUCGAGGAGGACCUGAGCGAUAUCAUCGCCGACGUCCACGACCUCGCUAAGUUUGUCCAGCUCAACUACACGGGCUUCUACAAGAUCAUCAAGAAGCACGACAAAAUGACGGGAUGGCACCUCCGCCCUGCGUUCGAUGCCCGACUCAAGGCGAAGCCCUUCUACAAGGAAAACUACGACGCCUCCGUCAUCAAGCUGUCGAAGCUGUACGACCUAGUCCGAACCCGUGGCAACCCCGUCAAAGGUGACAGCGCCGCCGGAGGCUCGCAGGCCAGUUUUGUCCGCCAGACAACCAAGUAUUGGGUACACCCGGACAACGUCACAGAGCUGAAGCUCAUCAUCCUCAAGCACCUCCCCGUGCUCGUCUUCAACGCCAGCAAGGAGUUUGAGCAGGCGGACUCGGCCAUCACUUCCAUCUACUACGACAACCCACAAAAGUGGGAUCUGUACGAGGGGCGCCUGAAAAAGAGCGAAGGCGCCGAGGCUAUCCGUCUCCGCUGGUACGGUGGCAUGCAGACAGAGACAAUCUUUGUCGAGCGCAAGACCCACCGCGAGGACUGGACCGGCGAGAAGUCGGUAAAGGCGCGAUUCGCCAUCAAGGAGAAGAACGUCAACGCCUACAUGCGGGGUGAGCUGCUUCCUGCCGCCAUCUUUGAGAAGGCUCGCAAGGAGGGCAAGAAGUCGGAAAAGGCCAUCGCGGAAGACGAGCGGCUGGCGUCCGAGAUCCAGUACUCGGUCUUGAAGAAAGGUUAUAAGCCCGUCUGCCGCUCUUUCUACAACCGGACAGCCUUCCAGCUCCCCGCAGAUGCCCGUGUUCGGAUAUCCCUGGAUACCGAGCUCACCAUGGUUCGAGAAGAUAACCUCGACGGCCGGAAGCGCUCUGGCGACAAUUGGCGACGAAUGGACAUUGGCAUCGACUAUCCCUUCUCGCAACUACCCCCCGAGGACAUCGUGCGGUUCCCAUACGCCGUUCUCGAAGUCAAGCUGCAGACACAAAUGGGACAAGAGCCGCCCGAGUGGGUUAGGCAGCUCAUCUCGUCGCACUUGGUCGAGGCGGUGCCGAAGUUCUCCAAGUUUAUCCACGGCACGGCAUGCCUCUUCCCUGACCGCAUCAACCUCCUGCCCUUCUGGAUGCCGCAGAUGGACGUGGACAUCCGGAAGCCGGUCGCGCACGACUUUGGCAUUCACCGGCCCGGCAUGUCCGGGACCACGACAACCUCGGACGACGACGAGGAGGACAUCGACUCGGACGAAGAGGAAGUGCAGAGGCACGGAGCUCGGCCGUCUACCAAUGGUCAAUCCAGCCGAGGGGCGCUGCCGGCGCCGACAGACACCGAGGGCCAGACGGUUGACCUACCAACGGCUGAUGAAGACUUCCCCAUCUACGACUCGGACGACGAGUAUGACGAAAACUACGAGUUGGAGGAGGCUCGCCGAGUCGGCGGAUGGCACUACUACCACACGCUCAUCUCGACCAAGGCUCGUGCCUUUGGACACGGCACCCUCAACGUGAUGAAGCACCUCGUGCCCGCGCCUCGCGCCACUCAGGUACCCCGCAGCGCCAGGACAGAGAUGCUGUUUGGCUCUGGGCCGGUGCACACGAAGAAGUUCCGGGCACCCCCGGGCAAGAAGAUUUACGUGCCUGUGCGCGUCGAGCCCAAGGUCUUUUUCGCCGCCGAGAGAACGUUCCUCGGAUGGCUCGAGUAUUCCAUCUACAUCGGCACCAUUGCCGUGACGCUGCUCAACUUUGGCACGCACCCGACGCCCACGUCCUUUUGGGUGGCCGGCAUCUUCACGCUCCUCGCCAUCCUCAGCCUCUGCUACUCGGUCGGCAUCUACCUCUACCGGAGCCGCUCGAUCCGCAACCGCAAGGCGGCCAAGUACUACGACAAGUGGGGCCCCAGCGUGCUGUGCGUCUCCCUGGUCGUCGCCGUUGCGCUCAACUUUGCGUUUGAGGGCCGCGAGAGGGGCAUAUGGUAG